ACUAUUAAUUCCGAAACAUAAUCCUAGUAUAAUACUAAUUCGUCCCAAAACGUAAUUUCAACGAGUACAAUCUUCCAUCCCCUCCCUUCCGCUACAUAAAUUUGCCACCAAGGAUUUUAGAGUGUUUUUUUCUUAAAAUUUUUUAAAAUGAUGUAUUGUGUGACUCAGAUUUAAUAUUAAAAAAUUAAUAUAACUUGUCAUUAAAUUUCAACCACACAAUACAUUUUUUAAAAAAAAACUCUAGAGGAUCUUGCAAUAAAUUUGCAGUCACUGCACCGCUUCACAAGCGACACACAGCAACCCUAGAGAGAGAGAGAGAGAUGGGAGUGGUGAUAAUAGACGGGUCGACAGUACACGCCUUCGUUGGGGACGAUGAACAGUUCAAGAAGAGCAUGGACGAGCAUUUUGCUGCUCUCGACAUCAACGACGGCGUUUUGUCUCGAUCGGAGCUUCGGAAGGCGUUCGAGUCGUUCAGGCUGAUGGAGACCGACUGCGAAGUGGACGUGGCGAUGCCGCCGGAGGAGUUGACGAGUCUCUACGACUCCAUCUUCGACAAGUUCGACUGCGACAAGAGCGGAGCCGUGGAAAUCGAUGAGUUCAGGUCCGAGAUGAAGAAGAUCAUGCUUGCCAUCGCUGACGGACUUGGUUCAUUGCCCAUCCAAAUGGCUCUCGAAGACGACGAUCAGAGCUUCCUCAAACAAGCCGUCGAUCUCGAGGCCUCUAAGUCUAAGAAUCAGCUUUGACUCUUAAGUCGGUUUGGUUCAUCCAACGGUUCAGAACUGCCUUCCUUACCUAUUAAGUAAUUGAGAGCUUUGUUUUUUAGUUUUGCUUGUUCUUAUUUUUUAAAUCUUUUAUUUCUUAUGCAAACGUUCCUUAUAUAUGGUAUAAAUUCUAGAACCUCCUACAAACUCUCAUCUCUCACUGCAAACCACCUGCCCUCGCGACGGUGGUGGCAAUGGAGGGCUGUGAAUAGUGUAUAAACAAAUAAAAGCGGAUGAUUGAGAGAUUGGUGGAUGGAAGAAAAUUUUGGAUUUUGAGAGAUUGGUGAAUGAAAGAAAA